AUGGCACCCUGGCUUCUUCCUGUUCUCCUAUCACCUGUCUACUUCCUGAGUCUCCUUGUGAUUUCCUGUCCUGCCUGCCAUGGAGGGAAGAUACUGUUGGUCCCAAUAGAAGGGAGCCACUGGGUGAACAUGGACAUCCUUAUCAGGGCUCUACACAACCAGGGACACUCCAUCACAGUGGUACUGUCCACCAAGAGCUGGUACAUCAAAGCGGACUCUCCCUACUACGACUCAGUCACGGUGUCUGUCGACAAGGGGUUCGAUGAGGAAUUUGUCAAACCGUUCGUUGUGCAAAUGAUGGAAAUCGAGAAGGGAAGUAGGUCCUUCAUUAAUUUUAUUCAUUCGCAGUUAGUGUUGGGCUUGACCACGUACAGACUCCAUGACAUCUCCUGUCACAUGGCAGCCUCCAUGUUUGAGGACAGAGCGUUAAUGCGGCAGCUGAAUGAGAGUCAGUUUGACCUGGUUCUCACGGACCCCUCAUCUGCCGAGGGCAUCCUCCUGGCUCACUACCUGAAGCUGCCCUUAGUCCACAAUGUGCGGUGGUUGACUGGUACUGAAGGCCACCUUUCUCUCGCACCUUCACCGGUAUCCUACAUACCAAUCAGAGGAUCUGGCCUGUCUGACAAAAUGACCUUCUUACAAAGGGUGAAAAAUAUGCUUUUCUACCUCCUUAUGCAGUUUAAGUUGAGGUUCUUGAUCCACACACAAUACCAGGCAGUGUGUGAUAAGUACUUUGAACAUGAAGUAGACUAUAGUCAGAUUGUGCAAGCAGCAGAUCUCUGGCUGAUGCGAGUCGACUUUGUGUUUGAGUUUCCACGUCCCACUAUGCCUAACAUUGUUUACAUUGGUGGGUUCCAGUGUAAGCCAGCAAAGCCCCUUCCUCAAGACCUGGAGGACUUUGUACAGAGCUCUGGAGACCAUGGGGUCAUCCUCAUGUCUUUGGGGACAUUAGUGAGUGCCAUUUCAGGCGACAUUGCAGAGGACAUAGCAGCAGCUUUUGCUGAGUUGCCUCAGAAAGUCAUUUGGAGGCAUGUUGGGGAAAGACCCUCCACACUGGGUAACAACACCCUCCUAGUAAAUUGGAUGCCCCAAAAUGACCUACUAGGACACCCUAAAAUCAGAGCCUUUGUAGCCCAUGGGGGAACUAAUGGACUUCAAGAGGCCAUCUAUCAUGGCGUUCCAGUUGUGGGAAUUCCUGUGUUUUUUGACCAGUAUGACAACCUGUUUCGACUGAAGGAGAGAGGAGGAGCGAAAAUUUUCUCCAUCGCCGCCAUCAAUAAAAACACCUUCCUCCAGGGCUUACAGGAAGUGCUCCAUGAGCCGUCCUACAGGGAGAACAUGCAGAGGCUCUCCAGGCUGCACAGGGACCAGCCAAUGAAGCCCCUGGACCGAGCCAUCUUCUGGAUUGAGUUUGUAAUGAGACACAAAGGUGCUGCUCACCUGCGCACAGAGUCAUACAAGAUGCCUUGGUAUGCCUACCACUCAGUGGAUGUAGUACUGUUCUUACUUGCUGUAACACUCAGCUUCAUGUACAUUGUGGUUUAUGGCAUCAUGGUCUUUUGCUGCAGGGUUUGUUUGAGAAGAAAAAUAAAACAUGAGUAA